AUGGGUGAUUUCACAAGUUUUGGAGGCUCCGACGAGGAAAAUGCCGAGAUUCGAAAGCUCAACGCCGAGGUCGAGGCUGACCCCGACAGCUUUGAGGCCUGGGAGAAAUUGGUGCGCGCGUGCGAAAGCCUCGAAGGCGGUCUCAACAGAAAUUCUAGCCCUCAGGCCCUAGCAACAUUGCGCGAUGCGUACGACCGAUUCCUCAUCAAGUUCCCUCUCCUGUUCGGGUACUGGAAGAAGUACGCCGACCUCGAGUUCAACAUUUCGGGCCCAGAGUCUGCGGAGAUGGUCUACGAGCGAGGCUGCGCGAGCAUCACCAACUCGGUCGACCUCUGGACCGAUUAUUGCUCCUUCAAGAUGGAGACCACUCAUGUCGCGCAUCUCGUGAGAGAACUCUUCGAGCGGGCUGCGACCUACGUGGGACUCGACUUCCUGGCGCAUCCAUUCUGGGACAAGUAUAUCGAGUACGAAGAGCGGCAAGAGGCUCAUGACAAAAUCUAUGCGAUCCUCAAACGUGUUAUCCACGUACCCAUGCACCAAUAUGCGCGAUACUACGAGCGAUUCCGAACUCUUUCGCACUCCAGGCCCCUGGAAGAAGUGGUCGAGACGGAGGUUCUGACUCGCUUCCGAGCCGAAGUCGACGCCGAAGCAGCCCCAUUCGGUGUGGUCAAGUCGGAACUCGAAAUUGAGCGCGAUAUAAGGGCGAAGAUCGAUGCCAUGUUCUAUGACGUAUUUCAAACAACCCAGUCGGAGACGACAAAGCGUUGGACCUACGAGUCGGAGAUCAAGAGGCCGUACUUCCAUGUCACGGAACUGGAUCACUCUCAGCUUGCGAAUUGGCGGAAGUACCUAGACUUUGAGGAGGCCGAAGGCGAUUUCACCAGGGUGACCGCUUUGUACGAAAGGUGCUUGGUCACUUGCGCCUUUUACGAGGAGUUCUGGCUCAGGUAUACGCGAUGGAUGCAGGCUCAGCCCAACAAGGAUGAAGAAGUCCGCAACAUUUUCCUCCGCGCAGUGACGCUGUACGUGCCAAUCAGCAGGCCUGGCAUCAGACUACAGUUUGCCUAUUUCGAGGAAACGUGCGGCCGUGUCGAUGUUGCUCGUGCCGUCCACGAGGCAGUCCUCAUGAAGAUACCAAACUGUGUCGAGGCGAUCAUCUCAUGGGCCAACUUGCAGAGGCGACAAAGUGGCCUUGAUGCGGCGAUCGAUGUGUACAAGGCGCAAAUUGACUCACCUGGAGUUGAUCUCUAUACCAAGGCUGCCCUUGUCACAGAGUGGGCUUUGCUAUUAUGGAAGGUGAAGGGGUCGAUCGAGGAGGCGCGGACCGUGUUCCGCUCGAAUGUGCAGUGGUACUCGGACAGCCGGGAGUUCUGGGGCAAGUGGCUGGACUUUGAGCUCGAGCAGCCAACGAACACCGAGCUGGAAGUCGAGCAUGGCAAGCGCAUCGAGCAUGUCAUUGACGAAAUGCGAGCCCGGAGUCGCAUGUCCGCGGCUACAAAGAAGCAGCUCUGCGGAAAGUACCUGAACUACCUCCAGCAGCGUGGCGGCAAGGAUUCCAUGAAGAAAUUCCUUCUGGUCGACCGCGAGAUGUUUGGCCCACUGUCCAUCUCUAAGGACAAGUUUGCGGCCAAGGACAACGGCGUGCCCUUGGGCGAGCUUGAUGAGGCCACGCAGCAGAAGGCCGAGGCUCGGUACUUCAGCUUUUACGAACUUUACGUCGAACCAGACCCCAAGGCCCAAGGAACUGCUACUUUCCACUAA